AUGGAGAAGAGCAGCUACGCCAUGGCCACGUUUGGUCUGGAGGCCAAGGAGGCGAUGCCCAAGCGGGACUGUGGGUUUUAUGUGAAGUACAUCUUCCUCUUCACCUCCCUCAUCCAGUUCCUCAUCAUCCUGGGGCUGGUGCUGUUCAUGGUGUACGGCAACGCGCAGGCGGGCACCGACACGCACCUCCGGCUGCUGGAGGAGCAGCUGCAGGAUCGCUACAACAAGAUCAUCACCCUCAGCGGGAGGAACAUCAACCUGACGCGCACCCUCAACGCCACCAUCAAGGAGAAGCAAGGGCUGCAGGUCCUCGCCCAGAAGGUGCAACAGGACCUGGAUAAGUGCAAUAGCACCCAGACUUCCAACCCCGUCACCGAGCUGCAGGAGAUGAAGAAGAUCAUCUUCUACCAGAAGACGAAGCUGGACGAGUGCCACAUGACCAUCAGCGUCAUCAACACCAGCUGCAGCGGUGAGAAGGUGCGGCUGCAGAGCAAGCUGGACCAGACAGCCCUGAGCAAGAAGGAGCUGGAGGAAAACUGCCGCAAAGCGGGUGCCACGCUGAGCAAAGCCACCCAGGAGCAGGAGAGCUGCCAGCGGGACCUGCUCACCACCAGGACCGUCUGCGACUCCACCAAAACCAACCUGGAGCUGCUGAAGCACGAGUGCGAGUCCCUGAGGUCCGACAUGGGCUACUCCUUCCAGCGCAUCAAGGAGAUGCUCAGCCCGUACAGCUGCAGCAACGUCCACGAGCAGCUCAGCUGGUUGACGAAGCAGACGGAGAGGCUUUUCCUCUGGCAGCAGGAACGGGACACCAAGUACGUGGGGAAAAGCGUCUGCGACAUGAACCUGCUCCAGUGUCACAUCAACUGCUCCAAGGAGAAGCAGGAGUUGGAGAAGCGGCUGCAGGACCUCGAGAAACAGGUCAAGGACAGCCAGGAGGAGAAGAAGAAGCUGCUGGUGGAGAAAGAGCAGCUUGGCAAGGAGCUGGAGGAGAAGAGCAAAGCCGCUGCGCAAGCCGGCUACUUCAAGCAGCAGUUCAACCUCUGCAUGGGCUCCAAGAUCGACGCCUUUGACAUCACGGGCUCGCGGGUGCUGGGGAGCAGCGGGCGGCCGGGACCCUUCACCAACAUGGGUUCCUACGUGGAUGCGCUGAGGAACCAGGGCAUCUUUGGGAAUAUGGGCAAAAUCAACGCGGAGGAGAUCCAGCGGUCGGUGCAGAAGAUCGUGGAGCAGUACACGUCCACCCUGAAGAACCCCAGCGGCUAACAGCCAAGCGGCGCACAGAAAAUGGCGGUGAGGGGCUCGAGGACAAGCCCAGGAGGUGUUUCCCGCGGCACAGAUGGCAAACCCCAA